AUGGAGUGCUUGGUUGGAAUUAAAGGGAAAGAUUUUGUUUUAUUGGCCACUGAUUCUUUGAUGGCUCGUAGUAUAGUUGCCAUGAAGAAAGAUCAGGACAAGACGAUCAAAUUGAGUGACAACCUCCUAAUGUCUGUGUGUGGUGGAGAUGGUGACACCGUACAGUUUGCAGAGUACAUCUCAAAAAACAUCCAGUUGUACAGAAUGAGGAAUGGCUAUGAUCUUUCAACUCAUGCGGCUGCCUAUUUCACCAGGAGAUGCAUGGCCGAGUCACUUCGUAGCAGGACACCCUAUUUUGUGAACUUAUUAAUUGCUGGAUAUGAUUCUAAAGAUGGUGCCAAUCUGUAUUACAUGGAUUACUUGGGUUCUUUGGUAAAGGUUCCGUUUGCCACCCAUGGAUAUUCAUCUUUUUUCUCACUCAGUGUCAUGGACUGCCAUUAUAAACCAGACAUGACACAAGAUGAAGCCAUGAAAUUAUUACAGAAAUGUGUUGAUGAGAUCACAACAAGAUUUAUAAUCAACCUGGAAUGCUUCAAGGUAAAAAUUGUGGACAAGGAUGGAAUACGGGAAUUGCCUGAUGUUAAAAGUUCUUUUGCCGUUUCAAUGGAAGCUUAA